AUGGUCGAUUUCGUCCAGAGCUUCAGAUUCAUCUCGAUGGAGGAGGUCUUGGUGCCUGCGAUCAUCAAGCUGGGGGGUGGGUUCGACUACGUGUCCAUCAGCCAGGUGCAGGCAGACAUAGACAUCCAGGUGUACUUCGAGAGGGUGCUGCAGAGGCCCGUGUGGACUGAGGACGAUCUCGCCACCUUCUUCGAAGGGCGCGCGGAUGACUUCGACUGCAACAUGCUGCUGCGAGGGGUGCGACUGCGAUCCAAGCAGGACUG